UUGAGAGAGAGAGAGAGAGAUGGCUUUUCUUCAUAUGUUGCCUCAGGUUUUCUUCUCAGCCAUGGGUCUCUUUCUUCUCUUUGUUUUAUGGAGGGUUGUGUUCUCCUGCUGGAUUUCUCCUAAUCGGGUUUACCGAAGGAUUAGGAUGAACGGGCUUGAAGGCCCUCCUCCUAGUUUUCCUCUGGGAAAUAUUGAUGAGAUGAAGAAGGAUAAGAGGAGUUCUUCUUCUGGGUAUUCAGGGAUCUCCCAUGAUAUCCAUUCAACUGUUUUUCCUUACUUUUCUCGCUGGACGAAGUCUUAUGGGAAGGUGUUUAUAUACUGGCUGGGAACAGAGCCAUUUUUAUACGUUGCAGACCCUGAAUUCUUGAAGAGAAUGUCUUCAGGAGUGUUGGGGAAGAGCUGGGGGAAGCCUUCUGUGUUUAAACAUGACAGAGAGCCCAUGUUUGGUAAUGGUUUGAUUAUGGUUGAAGGCGAUGAAUGGGUCCGGCAUCGACAUGUUAUCAGUCCUGCAUUCUCUCCGGCCAACUUGAAGGCCAUGGCAAGCUUAAUGGUGGAGUCCACCACUAAAAUGCUAGACAAAUGGAGCAGUCUAGUUGGCACCGGCAUGCCUGAAAUCGAUGUGGAAAGCGAAAUUUCCCAUGCCGCCGGGGAGAUUAUCGCCAAGACCAGCUUUGGAAUAAGCUUUGAAAGUGGUAGGAAGGUGUUUGACAAAUUGAGAGCCAUGCAAAUCACUCUCUUCAAGUCCAACCGGUAUGUUGGUGUGCCUUUUAGCAAGCUAAUGUGCCCUAUACAAUCCCUAAAGGCGAAAAGGCUAGGGAAGGAGAUCGACGGUCUUCUUCUAUCGAUCAUAGCUGACAGGAAGAAAUCGAAUAGUACAGCUACUCAGCAGGACCUCCUAGGGCUAUUGCUCGCUGACAGCCUCGUAGGUGGCCGCCUAGGGAAGAUGCUAACGGCUCGAGAACUAGUCGAUGAGUGCAAGACAUUCUUCUUCGGGGGGCAUGAGACCACGGCAUUGGCACUCACUUGGACAAUGCUACUUCUAGCCACUCAUCCAGAGUGGCAAACCCAGUUGAGAGAGGAGAUCAAAGAAGUAAUUGGAGAAGGAGAUCAGCUUGAUUUCACCAAGCUUGGUGGGCUAAAGAAGAUGUCUUGGGUGAUGAAUGAAGUUCUACGCCUAUACUCCCCGGCCCCGAACGUACAGAGGCAAGUGAGAGAAGAUAUUCGCGUAGGCGACGUGACAGUCCUGAAUGGAACCAACAUGUGGAUCGACGUAGUAGCCAUGCACCAUGACCCAACUCUGUGGGGAGACGACGUUUAUGAGUUUAAGCCGGAGAGGUUCAAGGAUGAUCCCCUAUAUGGUGGUUGCAAGCACAAGAUGGGGUUUUUGCCGUUUGGAUUUGGAGGGAGAAUGUGUGUUGGUAGGAACUUGACUACAAUGGAGUACAAGGUCGUUCUAACCCUUAUUCUCACUAGGUUUUCCUUCUCCCUCUCCCCCACUUAUACCCAUGCUCCUGCAACUUUGCUGUCCCUUAGAACUUCCUUUGGUUUGCCUGUCCUCCUCCAACCUCUGUAGUUUGGAGUAGAAAAGCAGUUGUAUUUUGUUAAUUUUUAGCUUUUUAUUGUCUACUGUUAAUGUAGAUAUGAUAUGAUGUAAUUUAAUUUGUUUUUCUCAUUAA